AUGGCCGAGAAACAAGCACCACCACCAUCAAGCCCAGGUUCCGUUAAAGGCAAAGUAUCGAAGCCAGGAUUGACUGACAUCAUUGAUGACAAUGUCAUGCCAAUCGAUCCAGAGAAAUUCACGCCUGAGCAGAGGCAGGAGUUUGAAGCAACGAUGCAGCAAGUGCGGGAUCAGUAUUUGAGCUCAUUCAUGCAAACCCGCAAGGGAACGCUGGUUCAGAAGUAUAAGAUAAAAGUGGUUGCUGAUAGUCCUGGAACCGGUUCUUCUAAAGAUGGAGAGGUGAAGCAAGCUCCAGACGGCUCGGCUCAGCCGACCAACAAAGGUGCUACUGAUGGUUCUAUAGGAAAUCAAGGCGACAACCCUCAAGGAGUGCACGGAGCUCCAGGUCAGCCGAUGAACCCUCGGUUGUUAAUGAGGGAGCAUCCACAGCCUACUGGGCAGACCGCGAAUCAGCCGACCCAAGAUCAGGUUGCUGCCAUGUUUUUGCCACCUCCACCUAUUGUUGAUCCAGUGCAGCAACAGCCGAUUCAGCAGACCCCACCAAUCCAGCCGGUUGUACAGCCGAUCCAACAGACUCCGGUGCGACAGCAGAUCGUUCAGCCGAUUCCGCACCCGGGGUCGGCCAAUGCAUCGGCCGGGUUCGCAGCACCUGGGGGGCAACCUGCGCAGCAAUUUGUAAACCAAAUCGUCCCAGAGCAUUUGGUUCACCAUGCACAACCGGAUGGCACUGUGGUACCUCAGAUGGUUCCUGAGCACUUGGUACGCAACAUUCAGUCGAAUCUUCAUAACUACCAAGGGGGUAACUUGAGCUAUCAGUAUCAGCCUCCUUCCCCGCAAGCCCAAUAUCAGCCAGGGGGAUCGGCUCAGCAACAGUUUGCACCUCAGUUCGGUCAAUUCGAGCCCGUGCAGCAACAACCGCAAGGAGCAGCUCAGCAACGACCAUAG